ACAUACGUCUGUGCAGGCAUAUAUGACCGUAUAUAUAGUACACGCCAAUUAUAUUUGUAUUUUGCUUAGAGAAAUCCCAGAGGAAUUUAGCUGACCCAUAAGACCAACGGUCACAUGGGCUUGGAAAGUUUACCAAAACGUGACCACAUUUAAACCAAACUGCUUUCUCACUCCCUACAUAUCCCGCGCCCUUCACUCUAUGCUUUGCACUCCCCCAAAGCCUCUCUACUCCACUCUCACUCUCACUCCCUCGCCAGCACCUUCUCUCUGAUAUUCUUCCCCAAAACAUACCAUGGAAAAUUACAAAAAAUCUCCAUUGAAGCCGUGGAAGAAAGGUCCAACAAGAGGCAAAGGUGGGCCUCAGAAUGCCACAUGUGAAUACAGAGGAGUAAGACAGAGAACUUGGGGCAAAUGGGUUGCUGAAAUCAGAGAGCCCAAGAAGAGGACCAGGCUCUGGUUGGGCUCUUUUGCCACAGCUGAAGAAGCUGCCAUGGCUUAUGAUGAGGCUGCAAGGAGACUCUAUGGUCCAGAUGCUUAUCUCAAUCUUCCUCAUCUCCAAAGCAAUUCCAGCAAUUCUCCUAUCAAAUCUCAAAAGUUCAAAUGGUUUCCUUCUAAGAAUUUCAUCUCCAUGUUUCCCUCUUGUGGUUUGCUCAAUAUAAAUGCACAGCCUAGUGUGCAUGUCAUACACCAAAGACUCCAAGAGCUGAAGCAAAAUGGGGUCCUCAGCCAAACCACUUCUUCUUCGUCUACUUCAUCUUCCUCUGAUUCGAAACAACUCGAAGCGGUUCAGAUCACAACCCAAUUGGAAAAUCCAUCAGAGAAAGAGAAAGACAUGGAGAUUUCAUCGGAUAAGAUGGUGAAAGAUCAAGAUCAAGAUCAGGAGAAGCCACAGAUUGAUCUCAACGAGUUUCUUCAGCAGCUGGGUGUGCUGAAAGGAGGAAGAGAGGCAGAAGAAGGAAGCUGCUAUGCAGUGCCAGAAUCCCCAUUCAAAGAACUCAAUGAUCAUGAACUUGGAGAUUUUACUGAGCAGAGUUUCGAUUGGGAUACGUUGAUGGAGAUGCAGGGGAUUCAUGCUGAUGAUGAUCAAGCAGCAGAAGCUAAUAAUAGUACCUUUCAAGCCUAUGAUGUUAAUGAAGAACUGGGUUUCCCCAAUUCCAUUUGGAACUUUUAGGAAUGAUUCAGCUGAUUUUGGACUCGAAAAGAAACAAACUAUAGGAACUAGCUAGCUUUCCAAGCCUUCCACUGAGAAGGAAACUUUGUUAGAAAUAGACAUUAGACUGAACUGGCUGCUUAAAACUGGGCCAUAGAUUAAAUUUUCUUAAAAGCUGUACUGCUAGUUCCAUUUUCUCUUGUCACAUUUCUAUAGCUUGGUAGAAAGGAAUCUGUUCACUUUUGACUA